AUGUCCACCUCUCCACAUCCCGUCAGCGACGAACACAGCCCUCCGGCCACCACACUCGAAACCCUACCCGACUCCCUCUACCCCCACGUAACCUCCAACGACCCAAUCCUCUUCCACACCACCCGCCCCUUCGGCAAAAAACGAGUCGUCGCAAUCCCGAAAAACGUCCUCACCCACCACGCCCCCAACUGGCCCUCCAUCGCAACCCCAAUCCCGAACACGGUCGGCGAAUACACCAUCCACCCCUCCGACGAGGCGACUUUCGAGGAUGUAUCGAUUCUUCUUCGUGUCUUGGAGUUCGGGCUUCGAAUUGGAGCGGCGGAGUUCAAGAAUGUCGUGCGCGAGAGGAUACGGCGUGUUUUGAAGAGAGGCGCGAGGGAUCUUCUUGAGAUUGAGAGGGUUCUGCGGUCGAGUGUUGUUGGGAACGCGCGGAGAUAG